AUACCAUUCUAUAGCAGGGUAAUUUUACUAUGAUUUGCGUGUGUUAAUAAACCCUUUACAAACUCAGCUGACUUGCGGUGCAUGUUAAAAAUGAAGGUAGGGCAUAAGCCACACCAAUUAAUUUUACAAAAAUAGUGUAUAUCUGUCAUUGGUGGUUGGAUAAAUAAAUCAUAUGCAGUGCAGCUAUAUCCAACCUGUUAUCUAUGUCUUAUAAGCCAUAGCGUCUGCUAUGAUGCUGGUAUUGAUAAUUCCAGAUAUAAAGUCGAGUCGAACGUUCCCUAGCUUUGACUUGUGGAGCUACAUCUAUGACAGGAAUAGGGUACUGAACUACAUGUUCGCUAUUUAUCACCGUCUUGCAUUUGACAGUCACACCUGACGUAAUAUACGGGUUAAUGUAUAUAUAACAGCGGCAAAGCCAAUGAUGUCGUUCAUAAUGUUGUUUGGUGGGUCUUAGAUUAAACAUGACUCUGAAGCGUUAUGCCGCUGUCCUGCGCCCACUGUUGAGGCCGUGCGUAAUGGUCACACUGUGUUUUGUGGUCUACAGGCUGACCGGAACUCGACAAAGUGAAGUGGUUUCUGAUGUACACAGGCGGCAAUACGACAGUCUAGGGAGUGAUAUUGUCUAUCCCUACAAAGGCAGUAUAUUUGAACCUGACUACAUGUACACUAAUACCACACAAUCAUGGUUGCAGAGAGCAAAUGAUUUAAAGUUGUCAUCAAGGCAGGUGUCAGAACAAUGGCUACAAAAGAUGCACAUAAGAAAGCAAUAUGUGAGAGAUGUGUGCAGGAAGUUCAAUUUGAGCCAAACUACCCUCUCAACCGACAGCUUAUUAGUGGAGGCAAGAAGCAAACUUUUAUACUGCAAGGUACCGAAAAUUGCCAACACCAACUGGAAACGACUUUUGUUGGGGCUUGCCGGUGUCCUCAAAUAUAGUGAUUUUGUUAGAGUAAAAGCAAAGACAAUUCACUAUGAUCUCAUACCGAAACAUGUGAAAUUACUUAAACAAUAUACGCUUAUUGAACGUGAACACGUGUUGAAGAACUACACAAAGGUGAUGUUUAUCAGAAACCCUUUGGAACGGCUGCUUUCGGUAUACAGGAAUAAAAUAGAAAGCAAACCAUAUGAACAUCCAGAAAUAUUGUCACUUGUUGGGAACUUCGUGAUGUCGCAAUACCACGGCAAGAAACCUGGAUUUCCUGUUCAUAUCAAACGUGCAAAAGACUCAGUCCAGGGGCGGAUGCCAUCCGGCGAAAACUUUGAAGCGGACCUGGAUAACAUCCCUAAAUUAUUUCCAGAUGUGAAAAUAACAUUUGAGGAGUUUCUGAGAUUUAUUUUAGACAACCCUUUUCGAUUUAACGCUCACUGGGCUCCAUUCUACGUUAUAUGUACCCCUUGUACAAUAGACUAUGACUUCAUCGGAGACUUUGGGACGCUAGUUGAGGACGCAGAAAACAUAUUGAAAGUACUAAAUGCUGACCCAGAACUGAAAUACCCGAGUCCAGAAUUGGGUAAGAUUCCCACAGCUUCUCUUAUGGAUGAAUAUUAUGGUCACAUUCCGAAUGAUAUUAUAGUCAAAAUUAAGACAAUGUAUGCCGUAGACUUAGAGAUGUCACUGUUAGUGUCGAAGAAAGGUGAAGUCUCCUGAAUGACUCAGUACACCCAAACCCAAUAUAGUGGUGCAUUUCACACACUGAAGUGUCAAAAAUUGUUGUAUUCAAUUUUUUAAAACAUAUAUAGAACAAAAAUCCACGACUGUCUUAAUUUAAAUUCAAAUUUUAAUUUUUACCAUGUCUUUUAUAUUACGCAAGAGUCCGAAAUGGAAACGUAUGUUCCAAAAACGUACGGUAACGUAUGCUCCGGGUCAUUUAAUUUUAACUUUUAUACCGCAUUCCGAUA